UGAAGUAAAAUUUUAUAAGUGGGCAGACAUGAUUUUGUAUAAAUAUCUACUUGGAGGACCAUUUCUCAUUUUAACAACCUAAGUAACUCCUCAGCUAUUCGUGGACAAAGUUCUUGCCUCCAUUAAAGAUGAGGUUAGUCGCGAUGGUGUUGCUGGUUGCCGUUGGAAUGGCCUUCCCUGGUGUGCCUUAUGAGGAAUUUACGCCAGACCUGAUCAUAAAUUCUCUAAUGUACACUCCCUGUGUCUAUUGGAAAGUGAUGUUCGCUUUGGACAGCAGCGGCAGCAUUGACAGCAAUGAAUGGGCACUGUCCAAAUUAGCGGCCAGGGAUAUCCUUGCCAUCAUCAACUUCAUACCACACCCAGGGAGUAUUUAUCCCAAUGGACAUGAGAUUGGUCUGGUGCGCUUCUCUUGCACGGAACUGACAAAAGUCAUCUUCUCCCUGGGUACUUACCCGUACUACCCUGCCAAUGAUGCCGCUAUUGCUGCCGUGCCGAGAAACGGUACUGCUACGAAUAUGUACAAGGCCUUGAGGUUGUGUGAUGGGCAGCUUGGUGAUAGUGACAACCGCCUAGUUUGGAUGACCACUGAUGGACGCUAUAAUGAGGGGGGUGACCCGAUCCCCAUGGCAACUGCUAUGAAGAAGAAAGAAAUUAUCAUCUGUGUCAUUGCUAUUGGAGACGAUGCCGACAUGGAUGUGAUCAGCGCCAUCGCCUCGUCGAUAACAGUCAUGAACACCUCUGUCGACGCUUUCUCUGUGAAAUGUGUACUUAGAUACAACACCUAUGCCGAAUACAAGUCUGCCACGUACGCUGCCCGACUUAGGGUGGUACCACCGGAACUUUCCUCCUUUGCCUAGUCUGUUAUCUUAAAGUGCGAAGUAUAUAUAUACGUACAUUUUAGUAUGUAUUUGAUUUGACUUACUGAUGCAUUUCUGUACUGAUACAAAACUGGACGUCUGCUGCCUUAAUUUGAACGUUUUCAUGCAGUUAAAAUUUCUUUUGCCAAUGAUUAUGUUACACAAUCUAGCAUGUGUUUGAGUAGUUCUGAAAAGUGAGAUGUCACAACAUGCAAAUUGAUUAAAAGAGAAUAUGAAAAAAUAUUACAUACAUUUACACGAAAGAUUUUUGUGGCAAGAAUGAGGUGUGAUCAUUCUGUAAAUUUAAAUCUUUAUAUAUCUACUCCUAUAUUUUGUACAA